AUGAGCGGACGAGGAAAAGGAGGAAAGGGUCUCGGUAAAGGAGGCGCAAAGCGUCACCGUAAAGUCCUCCGUGACAACAUCCAGGGAAUUACCAAACCCGCCAUCCGCCGUCUGGCUCGCCGCGGGGGGGUGAAGCGUAUCUCCGGUCUGAUCUACGAGGAGACCCGCGGUGUGCUCAAGGUCUUCCUGGAGAACGUGAUCCGUGAUGCCGUCACCUACACAGAGCACGCAAAGAGGAAGACGUCCGUGCCCAAGAAGGGCUCCAAGAAAGCCGUGACCAAGACCGCCGGGAAAGGCGGCAAGAAGAGGAGAAAGAGCAGGAAGGAGAGCUACGCCAUCUACGUGUACAAGGUGCUGAAGCAGGUCCACCCCGACACCGGCAUCUCCUCCAAGGCCAUGGGCAUCAUGAACUCGUUCGUCAACGACAUCUUUGAGCGCAUCGCCUCUGAAGCGUCUCGUCUGGCUCACUACAACAAACGCUCCACCAUCACCUCCAGGGAGAUCCAGACCGCCGUGCGCCUCCUGCUGCCCGGGGAGCUGGCCAAGCACGCCGUGUCCGAGGGAACCAAGGCCGUCACCAAGUACACCAGCUCCAAGUAGACCAAGACCCAAUACAAACCAACGGCUCUUUUAAGAGCCACACACCCAAUC